UAAUUCAAGUGAUCAUCAAACUUAUUCGUUAUUCCAAAGGGGUCAAAACGACACCGUAGGGAUCGUCCAAAGAGAGCCGUUAAAUUCAAGAGCAUCGUCAUCUCAAUUCUUGAACACAUAAUACUAAGCUACCAAUAAAAGCCAACCAAUCAUCUCUAUUACCACUUUAUCCUCGAUCAUGAAAAUCUUGACAUCUUCUUCCACAUUCCCACUCUUCAAUAAAAAACACCAUCAAAAUUUCCCAUCAAAACCCAACAAAAUCUCUGAUACAAAAUUAAGGUUCAGGCCAUGCAUGGUCUCAAUCAAGCCUCCGCCUCCUGGUUUUGAUUUUCGAACUGAAUAUCUGCUCGAUUCUCGAGAAACUAUAGCGCAAACCCAUCCCGAGUUGCUUGACUUGGCUGAUAAUGGAACAUUGGUACUUAUUAGGAAGAGUCAGUUUGGUCCUGUUCCUGGUUGGCGAACUGAGUUCGUUGAGCCUGAGGUUAUUUGGUUGAUUGGUACUUCUCAUGUUUCUUCACAGUCCGCUGUUGAUGUCGAACGUGUUGUCCGGACGGUUAAGCCUGAUAAUGUUGUUGUGGAACUCUGUAGAAGCAGCUUAAAUUCACUGGUUGCAGAGUUCAUUUUCAGAGCUGGUAUUAUGUUCACUUCAAAUGACAAUGAGAAUGGUCCAAAAUUGAAGUCUAAUAUGUUUUCCUUGAGUGGGGAUGGUUUUUUUGGUGCUGUUGGCCGUAGCUUAAAUUUAGGGGGUCAAACGGCUCUGGCACUGCGUCUCUUGUUGGCAAUCUUAUCCUCAAAAGUAUCAACAGAUGUCAAGCGUCCUUUUGGGGACGAGUUUAGAGUUGCUCGGAAGACAUCUGAAGAAGUUGGUGCUCAGAUAGUUCUAGGAGAUCGUCCAAUUGAAAUAACCCUUGAAAGGGCUUGGAAUUCACUUAAAUUGAGCGAGAAAGUAAACCUAAUUGGAUCCGUUGUUCGUGGAAUAACAUUGACAUCUGAUAUUUCAAGUGAUACUUUGAAGGAAUCAAGCUCUGAUAACAGCAAUUUCCAACUUUACGAACAAUUAAGCUUCUCAUUCCCAUCCUUGCUGCAGCCUCUUAUACAUGAACGUGACACAUAUAUUGCUUGGUCUCUAAAGCGGAGUAAAGCUGUGAACAGCAGUAAGAAAGUGGUGGGAGUUAUCGGAAAGGGCCAUAUGAACGGAGUUAUAUAUGCUCUGGUAUCAGAUUCUGGAGAAUUAAGGUUUCGGGACCUUGUUGGACAAAGGUCUUCUGGCAAUGAGAAUGGUGGCUGGCUUGAUACUCUAGCAAAGAAUUUGGUAAGAGACACUGUCAUCGGCGUUUUGCUGUGGGCAUUAUUUGAACAGCUAAAUACCGGUGUAUGGAAUAUUGACUUUGCGUCCUGGUCUGAAUUUCUUGGUGAAAGAUGGGCUCUAUAAGUUUAAUAUUCUUUUUAUUUUAUUACGAAGAAGAAGAAGAAGAAGAAGAAGAAGAAGAAGAAGAAGGAGAUACUCACGGUCACGGUUUGUGUAGACCAGGCAAUCUAAGAGUUAGACAAAAUGGAGCUUCCAAGCACAAGUGUACUACUUGAAGUAAAGAACAAACAGCAGGUGUUGUGUCAUAUGCAAUAUAGCCUACGGUCGCAUUCCAUAUAUGGCAAAGGUGAUCUAAUGAGAGAAGUUUAGCAUUUGUAAGAUCAGUACACGUAGAUAUAUAUAUUUUUAGUCUUGACAAGAAUUAUAGAACGCUAGUUGUAAACAGAAAUUCUCUGUGUACUGUCUGUACUUGCUUGGGUGCAAUGAUUUCUAAUGCUAAAGCAACUGCUCCCCAGCUUUAAGGAA